AUGCAACUAGUUACAGAUAAUUAUAACAAUGUACCGAGCCAAGAAUUCCAGACCCACAAUCAUGAACAAAUUUUUGUCCAAAAUUCAAAACUGAAUCCUGACUCACAAUCUAAUAAAAUACCCAAAAAGAAGGGUCUACGAAUAAAUGCUAAAACUAUAAGAGCCCCUGGAUCUACAACUACUCGAACGGCUCAGGCGUGUGACAGAUGUAGAUCCAAAAAGACUAAAUGUGAUGGUGGAAAUCCCUGUUCAACUUGUUCUGCAGUUGGUUUAGAGUGUAUUGUAUCAGAUAAAUUAAGUAGAAAAGCUUUCCCAAAAGGUUAUACUGAAACGUUAGAGGAAAGAGUUCGACAAUUGGAAGCAGAAAAUAGAAAAUUAGUUGGAAUACUAGAUAUGAGGGAUGAACAACUAGUAAUGCUAAAUAACAAUAGUAAGAAUAAAAGUUUGCAUCAAGAUGGAUCUAAUGCAAGAAAUACAGAUAACGACGUACUGGAACUAAGUAACCCAAAAAUCACCGAAUCCAAUCUUCAUUUACUUGAUCAAGCCAACCGAAAAGAAUUACAUAUGCAUGAUCAUGAUCAUGACAAUGGAUGCUCUUGUGGAUGUGAUAACGCAUUUCAUGAACAACCAGUCUCAGUAGCCGGAUCUAUUUAUGAGUUAGGUGGGCCAAUGUCUGUUGCAGGAUCUAUAAAAUUGAGUGAUGAUGAAGAUGACAAUGAUAGUUUGCUAAGCAUUGAUGAUUUUAAUCAAUUUAAUUCUCCACAUUAUGGUGGUUCUUCUAGACAUCAUUUUGCUUCAAAUUCAAGUAAUAGAGAAACCACACCAGCACCAGGUGCAUUUGCAGCUGCAACAGCUAUUGCUCAAAUGCAAAAAAACAAAGUUUUUCAACAACAACAACAACAAUUAGAGAAGGAAACAGAUAAACAAAGAAUGUUGACCUCCUUAGUUGCAACUUCAAUGCCUAGAAGUACAGAAGAGACUUUAUGUGUCCCAACUUUAUUGGCAAAGAUAUGUCAAGCAUAUGGUUAUGACUCAAAACAAUCAAUAUUGACGGCAAAUACUUUAGCAUCUAUGAAAGAACAAACACCAUCCUCAUCUCCAUUUGAUAGGUCUAAACAAGAUCAGAUUCUUAAACUUAUAAUGAAUAGAGAUGAUGUUAUGAAAUUGGAUGAAAAUGAUUCAUUAAUUUUUAUUCGUGAAUUGGUACAAUUUCCUAUGUCUAGAUUGGAUAUGGAUCAGUUAACUACUAUUUAUUUUCAAAAAUGGGGUCAUACUUUACCAAUAUUAACUAGAAACAAAACUUUAAAUAACUAUAUGGAAAUAAUACAGAUAAUGGAAUUAGGAUCUAAUGAUAAUUCCACCAGGCUGAGGAAAAGCUCAUAUGAACUGAUUGAAAAAGUAGCAGCUAUCAUGGUAUUGAUUUUAAAUUUAGGUUUAUUAGCAAAUAAAAAUGUUUAUUUAAACCUGGAUAAUGCUCAGACUUAUAUUGCAUUGAUGAAACAUUAUGAUUAUUUGAUUCAUGAAUUUAUAAAGCCAAAUUGUAUAAUAACAAAAUAUUGCUCAAUACAAUCUUUACAGAUACUAUCAUUAGCACUUCAAUAUUGUCUUGCAAUUGGUGAUAUGGUCACUUGUUAUGAUUUAAGAGGUCGAGUAAUUAGUAUGGCACAACAGUUGAGAUUACAUAGGUGUCCUGCAGCUGUUUUGGGGUUAGGAGCAAAUAAUGAAGGAGAUUUGAAUUUUCAAAAUCAAAUGCAAGCUGAAAGACGUAUUUUAUUUUGGUGUAUUUAUUGUUUGGAUACUUAUUCAUCUUUGAGUUUAGGAGUUCCAAGAUUAAUGAAAGAUUAUGAAAUUGAAUGUGCUAUGCCAUUCUCAAGUAAAAAAGAAGAUGAUAAUAAUGAUGGACUUACAAAUGAUAAUGAUUGUGAUGAUGAUAAUGUAAACAUUUUGGUUGUUAAUAAUACUCAAUUGUCUAUUGUUGGUAAAGUCACCAAAAUGGCUUUAAGCAUUAUGUUAUUUUGUAAAGUAUUGGCAAAUAUAUUAGAUUCCAUUUACUCAAGAUUUGAUAAUGGUGAUGAUGCUUAUCGAAAAGCUUUGCAUAGAGAUAGAAUGUUGGAUUGUUGGAGAAGAGAAUUACCAAAAGAAUUAAAAUUCGAAUUAGAUAUUAAUGGUUUAUCUUUAAAAACUGCUAAUGGGAAUUAUAUAGAAGGUGAUGCUUGUGAUAAUUACAACAAUCAACAAUCAAUUUUGAUCUUUUUAUAUUACCAUGCUAAAAUAUUGACAUACUUACCCAUAAUUUCAAAGUAUGCAAAUCAUCACAAUGUCGGUUUAUCACAAAAGGAGCAAUUAACAAAGGGAGAAGCAGAUACAACCGCUAUUGUUUCAACCAUGAGUCUAAUUCAACAGUCAGCUGUUCAAAUUUUGAAGGUUGUAAAAUCUUAUUCUAAGCUAUCCAAUUCGUCCGUUCUUCCAAUACCAUUAAAUAUUCCUCGUGAAAGAGCUUUGUUCACACUACUAGUUGCUAAGGGAACAUUAGACUAUAUUAAAGGAGGUCCAUUAUUCAAUAACUCAAAACAAUUAUUACUGGACACAAUUCAAGAUCUUAGUAGUGAAUCAAAAUUCGAUAUACCUGGAAUCUUGAGUCGAAAUACAACCAAAUUAUUAGAAUUAUCUGUUUUAGGAAUAUUAGGUGUCAAUUUAAAUAAAUUUACCAAUCCUGCAAUAAAGAAAAAAAUUCCAUCAACACUGCCUAUUGUUAAAACUGCUGUUGAAAGAGAACCUAAGAGUCAAAACAAAACUAAUGGAUCAAAUUUAGCUUUUUCAAGACAUCAACAACAAAACCUUGGGUAUGUGCAAGAAGAAGCUAUUCCUGCUAUUAUAACAAGCAAUAACUCUACUGAUUCAUCGUCAUUGGAUAGACAAUACUCAAAUGGAGAUGAAAUAAAUAAUACUGCAAAUAGUUUUAAUUAUGAUGAUUUAGAAAGUUUAGAAAGUUUAUUAAAAUUUGAUCCUUUCAGUGUUGGUAAUUCAAAUAAUCAAAUGUAUAUGAAUGAUUUUGUAACUGAUGGUUCUUUGGGAUUAGUUCCAUUCUUGAAUAUGUCAACAUCUUCUUCAUCCACUUCAAAUCAAAAUUAUGAACAAAAUCUCCAACAAAAUCCAAAUUUCGACUUGAAUGACGAGUUCUUCAACAAUAUCAAUAAAUAA